AUGGAGGUUGUAGUCAAUGAAAAGGUGCUGGGGUUUGUAAAGUUUAAGACAGUCCUGGUAGAUACAGAAACGGCUAUACUUACUCACGACGUGCAGUUGUCCGUUCAUCUUGCGAGAAAGACACAUAAAAAUAUACCUGAGGAACCAAUAGCCUUAUUUUUGACCAGGGUUUAA